CUGACGUCAAUACACGUCAACCACAGAACACGAUGCCUCCUGCUAGUCAACUCUUGUACUCCAGCUAAUACAGGCAGUUAGCCUUAGCUGAAAUAUUAUAGCUCUAUUGUAUUGGACACUGGAUUGACAGCCCGAAGCAAAAGUAAAUGUAGCUAACAUACGUUACUGCUUGGUCUAGCGGGUCUGGAAAGGGCCGUCAACGCCAAGCUGGCCGGGCGACUAAGAAUUCAACUUUUGUCUAUUUUUGAUAGACACAUUUCAGCGGGCAAUUUGUUUUCUGUUCCUUGUCAUCUGUAGCAGGACUCAAGUGGCGAGUCUGCUGGCUGGUUGUUGAGCUACCUCCUCCUCUUCCCCGAGCCCCUCCAGAACAGCAUGGUCAUGGCUGACACUCUCCAAAAACCGAGUCCGGUCCGGGGUCCUGUCCGCGUGGGCUUCUAUGAUAUCGAACGCACCUUAGGAAAGGGAAAUUUCGCGGUCGUGAAGCUUGCCAGGCACCGUAUUACCAAGACAGAGGUGGCCAUCAAGAUCAUAGAUAAAACCCAGCUGGACGCAGUGAAUCUGGAGAAGAUCUACAGGGAGGUCCAGAUCAUGAAGAUGUUGGACCACCCUCACAUUAUUAAGCUGUACCAGGUGAUGGAGACUAAGAACAUGCUGUAUCUGGUGACGGAGUACGCCAAGAACGGAGAGAUCUUCGACUACCUGGCCAAGCAUGGUCGCCUGAGUGAGUUGGAGUCCAGGAGGAAGUUCUGGCAGAUUCUGUCAGCAGUGGAAUACUGUCACAACAGGAACAUCGUCCACCGGGACCUGAAGGCUGAGAACCUGCUGCUAGACGGACACAUGAACCUCAAGAUAGCAGAUUUUGGCUUUGGGAACUUCUUCCAGCCCGGGGAGCCUCUGUCCACGUGGUGCGGCAGCCCCCCCUACGCAGCCCCAGAGGUCUUCGAGGGCCAGCAGUACGAGGGCCCACAACUGGACAUCUGGAGCAUGGGCGUGGUCCUGUAUGUGCUGGUGUGCGGUGCCCUGCCCUUUGACGGGCCCACGCUGCCCGUGCUGCGCCAACGGGUCCUGGAAGGAAGGUUCCGGAUCCCCUACUUCAUGACUGAAGACUGUGAGCACCUGAUCCGGAGGAUGCUGGUUCUGGACCCGUCCAAGCGGCUGUCCGUGGCCCAGAUCAAGGAGCACAAGUGGAUGGCUCUGGACGUGCCCGUGCAGCGGCCCGUGCUGUACCAGAGGCCCGUGCCAGCGGAGGGCGACGUGGGCGUGGGCGAGUACAGCGAGCAGGUUCUCCGGCUCAUGCACAGCCUGGGCAUCGACCAGCACAAGACCGUGGAGUCUCUCCAGAACAAGAGUUAUAACCACUUUGCAGCCAUCUACUACCUGCUGGUGGAGCGACUGAAGGCUCAUCGCUGCAGCUUCCCCGUGGAGCAGCGCCUUGACGCUCGCCAACGCAGACCCAGCACCAUUGCCGAGCAGACCGUUGCCAAGUCCACCAGUGGGUCUGGCCAGGUGGGCCUGCUCUCCCAGGGGGUUCGGCUGCUGCGCUCCCCUGCCCUCCCUCCAGCCUCGUCCGAGGCCUUCUCCUUCCCUCAGUCCUCAUGUCCUCCAGAGCAUAGCCUCAUGGUGGAGGACGUGGCUACGCCUAAAGUGAACGGCUGUCUGCUGGACCCCCUGCCCCCCACCGUGCUCCGCAAGUCGUCCACCUCGUCUCCCUCCAACAUGAUGGAGACGUCGAUAGACGAGGGCAUCGAGACGGAGGAGCCCGACGCCGAGGACGACCCCGCCCACCUCCUCUCAGCCUAUGAGACGGCUCGCUUCGGCCAGCGCAGGCACACCCUGUCUGAGGUCACUAACCAGCCUGGGGCUGGCAACCAGGGGAAGUUAUUCAGCCUGUGCCACAACCCCUCCCUGGGCAGUGUGGAUUCAGAGUAUGACAUGGGCUCCAUGCACAGUGACCUGAGCCUGCUGGAGGACCCCCCGUCCCUCAGCGAGGUGGUACUGCCCAGCCCCGCCCCUCACAUGACCACGCCCUUCCUCAGCGCGCGGCCGCCCAAUCCUGGCAUGCAGGCGCUCAGCUCGCCCCGUAGGGAUGCACACAACCGCUCACCAGUCAGCUUCAGGGAGGGCCGGCGGGCGUCCGACACUUCCCUCACCCAAGGUCCGGGCCUGGUGGCGUUCCGUCAGCACCUUCAGAACCUGGCCCGGACCAAGGGCAUCCUGGAGCUGAACAAGCAGCUGUACGAGCAGAUGGACUCAGGAGACGGCGCUGGCAUGGACCUCCUCAACACACACCAACACCUGCAGCACUUCUUAGAGAGUGAGGCGGCUACACAGCAGGACCAUGUGGGGCUGUUCCAGGGAGGAGGCCACCCCCCCCUGCUGUCACGCAGACAGAGUCUGGAGACACAGUACCUCACACACAGGCUACAGAAGGCCAGCGUCCUGGCCAACAGUCCCGCCAGCUGUCAGCUCUUCUGCAAGGAGACGCCCCGCAGUCUGGAGCAGCAGCUGCAGGAGCACAGGCUGCAUCAGAAGAGGAUGUUCCUCCAGCAGCAGCAGCCUCAGGGGAUGGGCCUCCAGACCUACUUCAACCAGAUGCAGAUUGUGGAGGGCGGCACGUACUCCCCCGGCCCCCCCCAUGGCCCAUCAGGACCCCUCCGCGCCCCCCUCCCAGCAGGGGGUCAUGUCCGCAGGCCACCCCCAGGGCCUCGUCCCCUUGAUGGAGCCUGGGGAGGGCUUGGUGUACGACCCCUACCUGGUGGGGCACUACCCUUCUCACCUGUCCUCGGGCCCCCUGCUGUCCCACCCCCCCCAGGAGGGCUUGCUGUACGGCUACCCCAGCUGUGAGCCGGUCCUGGGCCCCCCCUCCGCCGAGGCACUUUACCCAGAGCAGUAUGAGUACCCUCUGGACCCCGGGCAGCCUCUCCCCUCUGCCCAGGGAGAGGCCCCUCAGCCUGGGUACGGGGGCCUGGCUGGCCUGCCUGAGAUCCAGGGCUCCCUGCUGGACAGCGAGAUGAUGGAGACGGUGGACUCCACGCACGGCUUUGUCAUGGUCAACUGAGCCAGCGGGACCGAGGCAGGAGACAGACGGCAGUAUUAUCCUGACAACCUACGCAGCAUUAAGUCUCUGGAGAGGGAGAGGAGGAGGGGGAGGGGGAGGGAGGAGUCAUUGUCAAGGUUACAGGGAAGGAAAAGUGUUUUUUUUUUUGUUUUUUUUCUUAUUUGUUAAUGCUUACUCUUUAGUUGUAUCGAGUGACACCUGAGAAUCCUUUCUACCAAAACCCUCCCUAGCCUACCUCCCUACGUACCCCUCCACCCUCACCCGCGCCUGGGCCCCGCGGCGUCCAGGACCAGGCUGGCUGGCAUGGACGUUGCCUGGGGCAGCUGAUGUCUGUGAGGCUCUUUGGGGACUUUGGACCGCUCGGCAUCUUGACUGCAGCUGCGUGAAGCAGCAGCCGUGAAGAGCUGCAGCCCUUGAAGCUGCAGCCGAGCGCACGGCCUGUUGUCUGGGCGUGUGGACUGUGUGUGGACAGGACGAGUUAGCAUAAGCACAAUGGCAACAGCUAUGCUUUUUGUAUUGAUAUAGGCAAAGGAAGAAAAGAAAAAACACAACUCUCUGGACUUUGUAAAAGAGAGAAACACGAACAAGUGACAAUGUUAUGAUUACGCGCUUAACAAGUGCAGUGUUAGUAGUCAAUAUAUAUUUUUGUGGCAAUAUUGAAGCAAUACUAUUAAUUCCAUGAGGGAUUGUGGGAGGUUGUCAGCGCCUCUUCACCCGAAUAACCAACUCUGAUUGGAUAGCCGGUUCUAAGGCAGAGGACUCUGAUUGGCCUGGACUCAUCAGUCAAUGGUAAUGCACAGUGACAUCCAUGAAGGCGAUGAUGUAAUUAGGAGAUAUUCCACUCUGUGUACCUGCAGCGUAAAUCCCAUGUGGAGAGCAGGGUGGAGCCAGUCAGCUUGCCAUGACUGCUAGGCCCCUUCCUCCCCGUCCUCCAUCCUCAUUGAUGGCAAUAGCACCGUCUGCUGGGUCUGAGCUGGAGGCUUGGCCACCGGCAGGAGGAUCAUCCACAUUAGCUAGUCAGCCACAUCAGAAGGGAUGUGUCAAGCCAACCUUUUAGAUAAUUGUCACUAGUUAGCAAAUCACAACAGUGUGGGAAGUCGGCAAUUGCAUCUUUACUAAUCGGUUUGAAGCAACUAGUAGCUGAGGCUGAAUGAUAAUGGCAUGAUGCUGACAGUUUUAAGCUGUCUGGAUGCAUACAUCUAGAGAUAGGCAUGCAGUACAUUGGGUGGUUUGGGGUUGGUUUUAGGGCGUGUGCACGACAUUGAAUAGUAAAAAGAAAAAAAGAAAAAAAAGUUCCCCAAUUUCCAAUAAUAUGUACAUAUUGUAUUGUGUUUUGCUCAGUGUGGACACUAGUGGUUCAUCUCCUGGUAGCAUCCUUGCCUCCAAUGUUGUGUGAACUCUAAACUCAAUGGUGUUGAUGAGAAGUCGUUUGAUCCCAGUGAAGCCGAGUGUCUCUCUCUCUCUCUGCGCUGCGCUGGGCCGUCACGCCCAGCUGGCACACCCGGCCCUGGACCCUGAUUGGUGGAUGGAGACGCUGGCUCACCAGGGCCCCCCUACAGCAGGCCACGUGGAAGGGAUGUCACACACACAGCACUUGGGCCAACUUUGAAUCUACUUGAAGCGCAAAGGUCUUUUGUCACAAACAUACACACACACACACAUCUAGGUAAAAUAAUGGAACAGCCUGAAAUGUAGCAGGAGAGAGUCUAGACCAAAGUAGAUCUAGUGGUUCAGGUAACCAGGAAGAGUCAGGGACAAGGGGCCAGAGACCAUAGUUGGUCAUGGUCGCCAAAGCAAGACCAGGCAGGAGUGUGGUUGUGGUCAUCCACACAGACGACCACUCUACUGGAACGGCUGCAGGCGGUGAAUACUGGAGCACUUUUGACUUGGAGGUGAAAAGAUGAAGUGAGAGAAGGGAGGAUGAGGAUGAGAAAGGAUGAGUUUAUCCAAGGCUGUGAAUAAUCUCAGAAUGCUUCCUUCAUCCCUUCCCUGGGCUAGUCUCUGGUCCUAGUCUCUGGUCCUAGUGGCUGGUCCUAGUGGCUGGUCCUAGUGGCUGGUCCUAGUGUCUGGUCCUAGUGUCUGGUCCUAGUGGCUGGUCCUAGUGUCUGGUCCUAGUGUCUGGUCCUAGUGUCUGGUCCUAGUGUCUGGUCCUAGUGGCUGGUCCUAGUGUCUGGUCCUAGUGUCUGGUCCUAGUGGCUGGUCCUAGUGUCUGGUCCUAGUGUCUGGUCCUAGUGUCUGGUCCUAGUGGCUGGUCCUAGUGGCUGGUCCUAGUGGCUGGUCCUAGUGGCUGGUCCUAGUGUCUGGUCCUAGUGUCUGGUCCUAGUGUCUGGUCCUAGUCUCUGGUCCUAGUGGCUGGUCCUAGUGGCUGGUCCUAGUGUCUGGUCCUAGUGUCUGGUCCUAGUGUCUGGUCCUAGUGGCUGGUCCUAGUGUCUGGUCCUAGUGUCUGGUCCUAGUGUCUGGUCCUAGUGUCUGGUCCUAGUGUCUGGUCCUAGUGGCUGGUCCUAGUGUCUGGUCCUAGUGUCUGGUCCUAGUGUCUGGUCAGUGUUGGAGUGGAAGCAUAUGCUCCUCUACACUGAUGCAAAUUCAGACUCGCUCGAUGAGAGGGUGAGAAGGAGGAAGAAUGCAUUCUGGGACUAUUGAAGGAGGCCCUAGAUGGCUUGUUUUUUUCAUUCAACUUGAUAAGAAAAUGGUCUCAUCUUUCUCCCCCAACCCCCCCCCCCCCCCCCCCCCACACACACACACACACACAGAAGGUUCUUUCAAAGAAAGAUCUGAUUCAUUAACACUUAAUGGUUGAGGGAGAGAAGGAAAACUAGAGACAGACUUUAACUGGUUGUUUAUUGUGCUUUGUACAAAUUAAGGGGUUAGAGAAAUCUUGAGUGCUCCUCAAGACUCAACGAAUAUAGUGUUGAGCAUGGUAGUGUUCGGUGUGCCUUUUUACUUUUUUCUGGUCUAAAUUAAGAGUUGAAUAGAAGCUGUUAUUUCUGGUCGGAUUCCCUUCUGUUUUCCCUACAGUAACUGCCUCCAGAGGUAACAGUGUCAUGUUUUACCAAGGUACAAAACCAAAGUUUCCUCAGAAGUCCUCUAGUACCCUUCCCCACCAUGUAAGGAGAUGGGAGCUCUGUUGGCUUCUCUGUUGUGCUUUUCUGUUCUUUGGUCAAUCAGUAUAUGCCAUUUAAAAGUAUUAUAGCAAUAUCUCAGAGUACUAGUUGAAGACUUAUGUGGUGAAGAAACGUACAGUACUAGUGGACGUGUUUCAGUAUCAUAAUUGCACCUCCUGCUGAUGGGGAAGAAGAAAAAAAAAACAGACUAGAGGAAAAUAAAUCCAGUUUUAUAUUUUACCUUCUCAUUGAUGUUGACCACACAUAAGCUAACUUGCUGUUGAGAUUAAAAACAAGGUUUAUUGAA